AUAACUCGUUAAGUUCAUCAUCAUGUUUAACCAUAAAAUUGUGGUAGUUGGUGACGGUGCUUGUGGUAAAACGUGUCUGUUGAUUUCCUUCACGAAAAAUGACUUUAACGAAGACUAUGUACCGACAAUAUACGAAAUACAAAGUAAAGAAAUUAAGGUCGGGGAUAAGGACUGUUUUUUAAGACUGUGGGACACUGCUGGAGAAGAAGACUAUGAUAGAUUAAGACCAUUAAGUUAUCCCGGGACAGAUUUAAUACUUAUGUGUUAUAACAUCGAAAAUCCUGACUCUUUAGUGAAUGUAUACAUGAAGUGGGCUCCCGAAGUAAAGCACUUUUUGCCCAACAAACCGAUAAUAUUGGUAGGAAAUAAACUAGACCUAAGAAGUGACCCAGAAGUAAUAACUAGUUUACUCAAACACGGGAAAAAACCUGUCACGAAUAAAGAAGGCUACAAGGUGGCGAAAAAAAUUGGUGCCAUCAACUUUUACGAAUGUUCCGCUAAAACCAUGUUUAACGUGCGCGAAAUUUUUAACUACGCCGCCGAGUAUUUAAUGUUCCAAACGCCCCGAGCUAUAAAUAAAAGAGUGUGCGAAAUUCUGUGAUUUAAAACAAAUUGACAUUUAUUGGGCUGUGAAAAAUCUCAUGCAAAAUUUUUUAUACUUUUAUAAUUAUUAAAUUCUAUACCGAAACUUCGAUUCCUGCUAUGAUACGUCCUUUGGACGGUAGAUGGUACUAAUUACCUCUCACCGCUGUCGCUGCACCUGUUGCCUAUAAAGGGCGACCUGUGGCGAGUGUGCUUACAGAAACAGGCAAAUUUUCACAAUGUUUUUUAUGUUUGUAUUUGUCUAGUAGACAAUGUCUACCCGAUUGUAAAGGCAAGAAAAUUUUAAUCAUUUUUGGCAUCUUUGAUUUCUCGAUAUUUCACAAAACUCAUUUCUAACACUUACGACGUUGUUCCAGCAUAGGAUUUUGUUAAUUUAUUUAACACUGUAAAAUUAAUGUGUAUAGUUUUAUUAGCGG